AUGGGUGUCGACAACGGACACUUACCGGCGCCUGGCGACACCAUGUUUUAUUUAGGAGGGCUGCAGAUGAGCAGCUCUCAGGUGAAAAUGGACCACAACCUGCUGGUUCUGCCUCAGCAGUACAUCACUGAGUGUCCCAAGCCCCGGGUGCCCCUCGAGAGCCUGAUCGGCAGCUACAAGCAAGGAGAGCUGCACGCCGUGUCGCUGCUCCAUCACCUCGCCACCAUGUUCCAGCUCAGAUUGGAAAUAAAGGAGACUUCCACCCCAGCCUAUGUGCAGAGGCUGUACUUCGCCUUUUGUGUGGUGGUCAACGACGUGACGUACAAGACCGGCAUCGGGAUCACGAAGAAAGACGCUCGGCGCCACGCGGCCCAGUUCGCCCUGGACGACCUGCUGCCCCACCUGGAGAGCCUCCCGUCUGGAACAGUGGGUCCCCAACCAGGUUUUCCUUUCAGCCUGCCGGCCCCGGACCAAAGCCCGAAGUCCAGACCGGCAGAGGCCCCGGCCGCCGUCGCCUGCCACGAAAGGAAAACUCUGGUCAACCUGCAGAUUCCUCACUCGGUGAGAGAUCAGCUGAUCCGACUGAUGAACCGCCACCCGGAGUUCUCCGACUGCGCCGGCUGCACGGCGGCCUUCAUCAUCGAGACGCCCACCGGGUGUGACGUGAUCGCCAUCGGCACUGGAAACUACAACGCCAAGCAGAGAGAGUCGUUCACUGGACGCCUUCUGCACGAUUCCCAUGCGGUGGUCACGGCGAGGAGAUCUCUGAUGAGGUUCCUGUAUCGACAUGUGCUGAUGUUCUUCAGUGAAGUGAAUAGCCUGAACAAGACCUCGAUCUUCGAGCAGAACAGCAGCAGCAGCCUGCUCACCCUGAAGGGAGGCGUCACUCUUCACCUGUACAUCAACCAGCUGCCUAAAGGCGCUCCGAACACUGUGCUGCGCAUGAGGCCGCUGUCUGUCCACGCCUGGGAGGCCGUCCAGGACAUGAACCUGCACCUGUCAGUGGAGGGAAAGGUGUUCUCCGUCUCCUCGUCGGCCGACGACGGUUCCAGCUCCAACUUGAUGAGCAUGUCCGCCGCAGACAAGCUGACGCAGUGGCAGGUCCUGGGCUACCAGGGCGCGCUGCUCAGCCACUUCAUCGAGCCCGUCUACGUGCAGAACAUCCUCAUCGGCGAUCCGAACUGCAGCGACACUCGUGGGUUGGAGCUGUGUGUGAGCCAUCGUGUGGAGGGGAUCACCUCCAAGCUGCCCAUGCAUUACUGCAUGGUGAGGCCCCGGAUCAUCCUGGUGCCGUCCACACCCACCAGCAGCCCGCUGAGCGGCCGGCACCCCACCUACAGCAUCAACUGGAUCCAGGGCGACAUCUCCCUGGAGGUGGUGGACGGGCUGGAGGGGAGAGCCGUGGAGCAGUCCCCUUUCAGGAGCAGCUCCGCGCUGGCGAGCCGUCUGUGCAAAGCGGCGAUGCUGGACCGUUUCAGGAUGGUGGCUAAAGCCUGUCAGAGGGAGGACCUGCUGUCCACGGCCUCCUACAGGAAAGCCAAGAAGAUGGCAACGCCCUACCAGGAGGCCAAGAGCAUCCUGCAGGCCCACCUGCUGUCCCAGGGCUACGGGUCCUGGCUGGCCAAGGAUUCCGUUUGUGAGCAUUUCCAGAACUGA